AUGUUUGCUCUAAGGGUGUUUAGUGUUUUGAACAUUCUUUACUUCUCGGUGCUUUGCAAGGAAAUCCCUGUUGAUGAGCAGCGGUCCGCCGAGCUUUAUCGCUCUGGCAAAGUUCACGAUGGUAUCAUGGCAGCGAAGAUGAGCUUUUGGAAGGAGGCGGCUGAUGCAGGCUUGAUGGAGUCAUCUCAGUACCCAGCUCUGUCUUACACACCGUGCGAGAACGGCAUUGCAUCAGCCAUUCCUGGCGACACAAGAAACACUUUCAGGUGUAGAAAUAUCGAUCUCUACCAUUUCCUCAGUCACGCCGAGCUCAACAGUACCGGAAGCGGAUCCUCAUCGUGGGGUUGGACAUCAGAUACAGGACGAGAGUUCGUCGCCAUUGCUCAGGAGGAUGGCACUGCUUUCGUUGAAAUUACUUCUGCUGGAAAGAUUCUCUAUCUCGGCCGUCUUCCUCAAUAUUCCGUCCCAAUCAUCUGGCGGGAGAUUCGCGCUUACAAAAACUUCAUGGUCAUCGGAAGCGAGGCCGAGCGCCACGGUAUCCAGAUUUUUGAUAUGAAGAAGCUCCUUAACAUCAGCCCAACCAAGCCGAAAACUUUCGAUGCAGUCAAAGAUCUCACAGGUCAUUUCAAUGGGCUUCCAGCUGGACGUACGCACAACGUCGUCGUCAAUGAAGAACUCAACUAUGCCGUCGCAGUGGGAGCGCAGCCCCGAAGUUCGACAUGCAAAGCAGGACUCAUCUUUAUUGACCUUACGGACCCUUCCAAUCCCAAAACUCCAGGUUGUGCCACGCAAGAUGGCUACGUACACGAUGCUCAGUGUCUGGUAUACCGAGGUCCGGAUAAGAAAUACCAAGGACGAGACAUCUGCUAUGGCUACAAUGAGGAUAGUUUGACCAUCUACGACGUAACAUCCAAGAGCAAGACUUCAGUGAUCUCUCGAACAUCCUAUCAAGGUGCAUCAUAUACCCAUCAGGGAUGGGUACUCGAUACUCAGAAUCAAGAAUUCUUGCUGUUAGACGAUGAGCUUGACGAACAGAAUAGAGCAGGACCAGCAGCCGAUGGCUUCCCCGUAACAUAUAUUUGGGACAUCCAAUCACUGGAGCAACCGAAGCAGACUGAAUACUACAAAUCGAGCGUUCGAUCCAUCGACCAUAAUCAAUACGUCGUGAACGGCUACAGUUAUCAGUCAAAUUAUGCUGCUGGUCUUCGCGUUUUAGACGUUAGAUCCAUUCCUUCUGACCCCACUGGAGCGAAGGUGUGCGAGGCGGGGUUCUUUGACAUCUACCCUGAAGAUGAUAAUUUGCCCGGUGGGGGGAACACCACUUUCGUGGGAACUUGGUCGAUGUAUCCGUACUUCAAGUCUGGGUAUGUUUUCAUCAAUACGAUUGAGAGGGGUGCUUUUGUGGUAAAGAUGACGAGUAAAAACUGCAAGUGA